AUGAAUAACGACGCGUUCCGGAAGCUCGUCUCCGAAAUUCCGGCGCACAAGAGCGAUGGCUCGCCUGGUGCGAAGCCGAGUGCUUUGGGAGCGAGAAAGUCAGCUUUCCUGGGCAUGACGCCUCGUCCGGGCAAAGCUCCAUCCAAUGCGGAUUUCGCACGGCAGGUGCGAGAGCAGCAUGCCGCCUUCAGACCCCGGAAGCAGUUCAAAUCCGUGGCGCCGAAGGGUAGCAAAUUCGGAGCUGGAUACACAGAUCGAACCAAAGCGCGCCAAGAGGCAGAAGAUGAGGAAGACGACAAGGCCAAGCGGAUCACAGCGCUGGAAGAGCAAGUGAAACUGGGCAACCUUCCUCAGGAGACCUUCGAAGCGCUACGAGAUCAGAUCACCGGCGGUGAUGCAUCAAGCACGCAUCUUGUGAAGGGGCUGGACAGAAAGCUACUGGAACGAGUUCGGCGAGGCGAGGAUGUGCUCGGACUUGGAGAGAGUCAGGGCGAAGAGGAGCCUCCAGAUGUAGAACAUGAACUGGACAAGCUUGGUGAGCAGGAGAUACAAGCCGUAGAGAGGAAGAAAGAAGAGAAGAAGGGCACCAAGGCUGUCGCAGGCGUUAAGCGCACAAGAGAUGAGAUUAUGGCUGAGCUGAAGGCACAACGAAAAGCUGCCGCAGAGGCAAAGGCCGCCGCGGCUCCUCAAUUUGACAGUCGAUGGCGAAAAGUGGGCGAUCAGUCAAAGCCUAGGAUUGAGAUUGAUCACAAAGGCCGAGAAGUACUUAUCACGGUCGACGAGGACGGGACUGUGAAGAAGAAGAUCCGGAAAGUGCCCGCGAAAAUUGAAACUGGUCACGAGGAUACCGUCCGGGUCGCGGACGAUAGCAGACCUGUGCUUGGCGCUGAUGCCGUGGUGCCGGAGCAGAAGCCGAAACCGCCUGAGCUGGAGGAUGAGGAAGACGAUGACAUCUUCGAAGGGGUCGGAACUUCAUACGAUCCGUUAGCAGGUCUCGAUGAUAGCGAUAGCGAUAGCGAUGACGAUGACCGUGAAGGCGAAGGCGAAGGCGAAGGCUUGGGCAUGACAGCGGCGCCAGAGGAGACUGGAAAGCCAGAUGCCACGCUGAACGCAGAGAAAGAGACGCAAAACCCUGCGGCUCCUACCGAACAGCCGAAAGGCCCUCGCAGCUACUUCAAGGACUCAACGAGCAAUACCGACGAAAUUGAGACAGAUCGUUUCAAAGGGAUCGAGAAUGUGCUCAAAAAGGCCGCGAAGAUGGAGACCGCUGUUGAGGACGAUGAAGAUGAUAUUGACGAUGAGGGUCGGAGGGAACGGGAGGAACGCCUUGCCAAACGUAACAAGAUGCUGCAACAGCAAGAUCGCGAUCUGGACGAUAUGGACGUCGGGUUUGGCGGAAGCAGGUACGAAGACGACGAAGAAGGCGAAGAAUCCAAAAUUCGCUUGUCCGAGUGGAAAGGCGGUGCUGCAGCGGGCGACGACGGUUGGGAGGAAGAUGUUGGGAAAGGCGGGAAGAAGAAGCGCAAGCCAAAGAAGCGAAAAGGAGACGUUAACAAUGCUGCCGAUAUCAUGCGGGUGAUUGAAGGCCGCAAAGGAGGCGGGAGCCAAUGA